UCUUUUUUUUCAUAAGGGUCCCAAACUAUACAGAGAUUUGGAUUAUUACGAUACAGUCCUGCAGGGAAAUGGCGGCUGUCAUUCAUAAUCCUCUAAAAUCGCUCGGUGACCAGUUCUAUAGGGAGGCCAUUGAACACUGCCGCAGCUACAAUGCCCGACUUUGUGCCGAGCGCAGUGUGCGUUUACCGUUCCUGGACUCGCAAACGGGGGUGGCACAGAACAACUGCUACAUCUGGAUGGAAAAGCGCCACCGCCAGCCAGGCCAGGCAGCAGGACAGAUGUAUACCUACCCUGCUCGAUGCUGGAGAAAGAAGAGGAGACUCCACCCUCCUCUGGAUCCCCAGCUCCGCCUGUGUGAACUGCGACUAGAGGCUGAACUGGCCCCCAAGCGUGAGGUGCCCCAAGGGGAAGCCACAGCCCUGGAGGCCCUACUCAGGAGCGACAAUCUGCUGGAGAAAAAAAACAACAUCGCUAAGGAGGAGGAGACGUUGCUGGAAAUACAGAGAGUACUGGAGGCAGAUGAAAAUGGAGACGGUUUCCAAGAUGACGACGACUUUGAAAUGGACACUCCGAAGAGAAAAAACAGAAACCGAGGCAAAAACAGAGGAUCAAGUCGCAGGAGGACAGAUCCUGCUAACACUGAAGAUCAGGAUAAACCUUACGUCUGUGACAAUAGAUACAAACAAAAGCAUAACUCAAAAAAGACUGAAGAAGUCUGUGGAAAGCGCUACAAGAACCGACCUGGCCUGAGCUACCACUACGCCCACACUCACCUGGCAGAGGAAGAGGGCGAGGAGGAGAAAGAACCAGAGAUGACCCCAUCUCCUCCUAUGAGUGUGGACAACCACAAACCUCAGAAGGGUCCUGAUGGUUCCAUCAUCCCCAACGACUACUGUGACUUCUGCCUGGGGGACCAGGACUCCAACAGGAAGACGGGUCAGGCUGAGGAGCUGGUGUCCUGCUCUGACUGUGGACGAUCUGGUCACCCUACGUGCCUGCAGUUCACGGACAACAUGAUGCAGGCGGUGACGACGUACCAGUGGCAGUGCAUCGAGUGCAAGUCUUGCAGCCUGUGUGGAACCUCAGAGAAUGAUGACCAGCUGCUGUUCUGUGACGACUGUGACAGAGGAUACCACAUGUACUGCCUGAAGCCUCCAAUGACCCAGCCUCCAGAAGGGACCUGGAGCUGUCACUUGUGUCUCGACCUUUUAAAGGACAAGGCCUCAGCUCAUGGAGAAGCAUAAUGACGUCGCGGCUCAUCUUCACUGCACGCAUAUACAUACACACACACACACAACAUAUAUUUGUACAUAUACAUGUAAUUGACACAUAUGAGCAAAAGCUUUAUCUCACAGAGAAUUAGACACACACUCGGAUUAAAACACACACACACACACACACACACACUUCAGUGCAUUAGCAGGCUCAGGGCAGUUUCCUGUGUGAGGCGCAUAAAUCCUCUACCUCUCAUGGCCGAACAACACUCCAGAUGCGAACGCCAUCAACAUGCAAUCUCAACCAGAAGUCAGCUUAGAGCAGGUCGGCCAUUCAGUCUCUUCUCUACCUCACCACUCAGCAGAUGGCAGGAAUCCAAAAGCAGGAUUGAAAAAAGAGUCAAUUCUGUUCUGUGUAGUGCGUGUAGACUGUUGAAACUGGAAACUGGUUUUAAUAUUCAGGCACAUCAGUGUGUUUUUGGCUUAUAGAAAAGAACUGAAAAUACAAAUAAGGAUUUCAUUUAGAGCACUGAUGGAUCAUAAUGAACUCUUUUAUACUAGACCACAUGAAGUUACACCAGCUACCUGCUUUAACGUGGUGUGCAUUCAUUUUAGACCGAGCAUCUGGAUGUUUUCCUCCUGAUUUGACUUAUUUUGAGUGUGAUUUGGACCAUGCUGCCGUCUGCUGAGGCGGUUUCACUUGGUGUUCCAGCUCUACAGUAGGGGAACCUGAGUGGGUUUGACUGAUGUUUGUUUAAAUUUCUCCCUCCAGUCUCUACUACCAGUCUCUCCUGUUUAAACUUUCCAGUGACAUUCCUGAUUUCAUUUCUGGACAGACUCAAUGUUAGAUUUGUCACCGUGCACAGUAUUUGUAAAGCUUGGUGAAAUUUAUAUCCAAUGCUAAGAGGAAAUGGGGAGAUAAAACAGCCUUGACUAUAAUUCCCGUUAGAGCAUGUUGACAUUUAAAUCCAUGUCUGUUUUCUGUACUCAUGCAGUUACUGGGUCACCAUUUUAACAUAUCUUUAAAUAGGUGAUGAAACAUCUAUUUAUGCUUUGUCUGUAAUGGUCAAUUAUUACUGUCACGGAGAUCAUUAUUAUUGUAAAUCAGUGGUUCCCAGACCUUUACUGUCAUGUACCCUGUGGAUACCAUGAAGCUCACUGGCCCUUCACCUCACCUAUAGAGUGUUUGUAAAAAUGGAUACAGUCCUCUGGUUUCAGAGCAAAAUCCUGUUGUGAAGCCUUUAGAUUCACAAUUUAACCAGUGCCAUGUCAGUCAUUGAUACGUCACAUGCAACCAGGCACCCAUUAGACAAUACAGCUGUCAAUUAUAGUGGUUUCUACACACAUGUACCCUACUUUAUCAUCUAUUUUCUUCAAAAUUGAAACAUUAUUUACUUAUCUUCUACUGUACAAGACCUGAAACUAUGAAUUGAGACCAUGAAGUUUUUUGCAACCAGAGGAGCUGCCCCCGGUGGCUAUUCAAUACAUCGUUGCUUCCAGGUUAGCCCCAUCUGGCAACACAGAAGACCACGUUCACUUUAUGGUAUGUGACCCCACCACAGCCAAACAUGCAAAUAAGUAGCAUUUUUCAAGUUGAUGCUGAAAUAACAGUGAGAUAAACAUGAACUGCAUUAUGUUUUUUCUCUUUAACAUCAUGUUAAACAGACACAGGGGAAACAACAAGAGCGUCAUUCAAGAAAUGACUACAAUGUGUAGUAUUUAACCCUUUGAUAAGCUCUGCUCUGCCUCAGUGACUGUUACUGAACCUGGAUUUUAUUUUCAGCCGAUUGAUUUUAAACAAGAGCACUGUCACAAGGUUGAAUGGCUAUCUACUGUAUGUACUAAAUGUGGCUCAGAAGAAGCUACAGUUACAGGCAGUGUCAGGCAGAUGUUAAUGUACUUCUGGACUCCGAAAGGAAUCUUGGCUUCAAUGAAACACGAUCCAGUCCCGAUCAGGGAUGUCUCUGACCCGUAACCUCACAUAAUGUUUCUUGGAAAGGUGGAAGUAUAGAUUACAAGCCCAUGGUUCGGGAACCACUGCUGCAAGUUAACCAGUGCAGCAUUUGUAUCAUCGUCAACUCUCCCAAGUAUUACUGUGUUAAACGGUCUGUCUGUGUCCAAAGUGUACAGUAUUUACUGGUGUGUCUGGAAGCUGGCACAGUUUAUGUGACAACUGUAAUUUAUGUAGUCAUAAUCAGAUUUAUUCUGGAUAUUCUGCAUUUGUUUUGUCAUAUGAGUAAGUGGUUUGCUGGUAGUUAAGUGUUUGAAAUUCCAUCAAUGCAAUUUCUUUAUGUUUUUGUAGUUAGCAAACGUUUUGGCAGCACGUUCGGUAAUGAACCUCCUUAAAAUACAAGCCUUGACAGGAUAACACAUUCUGUAUUUGUGUUUUGUUAUUGUAAGUUUGUGUUUGACUUUGCUUUUCCACCGACAAUCAUGAGUUAGCAUAGAUUUACGAUGUUGAUAAUGUUUAGAGGGUUUUUGUAUUGUGCUUUUUUCAUGCCGGGUGUAACAAACCCCCUUUGUGUCUUACUUUUGAAAAUGUCUUGGAUGUCAUUCUGAUUUGAUACCAUCACCUAGGGUGAUACACAUUGUAUGUUGUGUUUUGUUAAAGUAAAUGUUACAGAUUUUUGUUGAAAUAAAAACAUUUCCAAAAUG